GCGGAAGCUACAGGACCAUCGCUAGGUGCUGCCGCCACCGGGACGCCCGGCUGCAGGAUGAGUAAGAGAUACUUACAGAAAGCAACGAAAGGAAAGCUGUUGAUAAUAAUUUUUAUAGUGACCUUGUGGGGGAAAGCUGUUUCCAGCGCCAACCAUCACAAAGCUCACCAUGUUAGAACGGGGACUUGCGAGGUGGUGGCGCUGCACAGGUGCUGUAAUAAGAACAAGAUAGAAGAACGCUCCCAAACGGUCAAGUGCUCCUGCUUCCCCGGGCAGGUGGCCGGCACCACGCGCGCUGCUCCGUCUUGUGUGGAUGCAUCCAUAGUGGAACAAAAAUGGUGGUGCCACAUGCAGCCAUGUCUGGAGGGAGAGGAGUGUAAAGUCCUUCCAGAUCGGAAAGGAUGGAGCUGUUCAUCUGGAAAUAAAGUGAAAACAACGAGGGCAAACGUAUAAAACUCUUCACGUUGGAAUGGAGAAGUAGAAAGAGAAUGUUUCCGCUGUUCCUGAUGACAAUUUUUGAUUUUCCACAUUCAAAGUUAUUCUGGCUCCACGCUGGAGCAGUAGUUAUGGCGAAUCCUAGUGUUGGUCGGAUUCUGAGGAAGGGGCAGAAGUUUCCUUGAGAAGUAAAGAUUCAAAACAACUCCAGAAAUGAGCACCUGUCUCCGUUCAGUUCUCACAGAGCAGCAGGUAACCCAUUAACCACUCCUAAAUCAAGUAAUCUUCAAGGCUGGGUUCAUGGUGACACAUGGAUAGAAACUUGACUUCUGAGGUGAUCUUGAAGAUUUUUAUACCUCUUAGAAGACACACUUUGAAGCCUGUUUCAAGGGAUUCCAUGGCUUGCCAUCUACUUCUUAUUGGAAACUAAGACUUUAAAAAGGUCUGAAGUGCACUGCGUGUCCUGAAGACUUCCUCAGCAGUGAACUUUGUUUGGCUCAUUACGCCUUUGAGGGAAACAGACACUGCUCUCCACAGAGCUGGUAGAGUUGGUUUUCUGGGGCGAUGCCAGAGACUGUCACCUGCAGGGUUCCUGGCUUCAGCUGUGACAACUGCUCUUGUUUUUGAAGCCGUCUCCCAGGUGCACUGUCCUCUUAUGGAUGUGUCCUGGGUCCUUUGUUCAUUGUCUAGUAGGACUGUGCACUGCUUUGAUGACGUUUUCUUUGCAAACUCCUCUGGCAUGGCAUAAACUGAGACAAUUUUAUUGUUAUACUAACUUUGAAACUCCAAAAGCCUACAUGUUUUAAAGGCUUACACUUGCCUCUGUGAUAGGAAUGGAAGUAUUUAUCCAUUGAUCAUGGUAAUCAUUGGCAAGUCACAGUGAUCUGAGUACAUCAAUCAUAUAAGAAUGUAUAGACAAGCUGACAUGGUUCCCCAAGGCUAACACGUGACUGCAGCGCUCUACCUGUUGAACGUCAGACAAUCCUUAGGAUUGGAUUCCCAUUACAGUCACACAGUACUCUGUAUGCUUAGCACAUUUUCCCUUCCAGUUUUUCUUAAGUGUACUUUCUUUUUUACAUUUUCUGUUACUUUCCUUCAAGAACUUGUUAUUGUGCGGUGACAUUGGUAGGUAGCCUUUAAUUAAAAAAAAAAAAAUCACCAGGGACGCAUGUGCUUUUCUUAUUUUUCAUCACUUAUUUUUCUUCUAGUAUUUUCUUAAACUACCCUUUCUGUCUCAUUUUCAUGUUGUCUCUUUGCUCGAUUCCAAUGACUGCUUGAAUGCUUAUAUAUUUGUUCAGUCUGUGGAUAGAAAAAAUUGUUCAUUUUCUUUGACCUCAAAGAAAAUACUUGCUCAUAGUUGUUACAUUCAAACAAAAUUUUUGGCCAGAUUUUUUUUGUCCAUGUUUUCACAACCAUCUUAAAACUUCUGGUUUUUAGUUCUUAGGAAUGUCUUACAAAUAUUUAAAGGCCUUAAACACUGAUUUAUUUUUUUCUAAGUUAUUACAGAAUGUAUUAUUUUAUACUGUAUUUAUUUUGUUUCACUCGUGAUACAGAAGAGAAUACUGCGUACUGAGUUUCCACCCUACAAGAAUACCAUGUAAACCAAUAGUUGAAUGGAAUGUAAAGGCAAGGAUUUUCCAUCUCUUCAUUAUUGUAGCUUGAUCAAACGUUGCUUCACAGAUCACCCUGUUAGGUGGCCCAUCAUUUCGGUAGAAGAGUGAAGUUAUUUUGGACUUCUUGUACUUUUAAAACUCACUGACAAAGCUAGUUAACCUUUUGUUGGUUUCUGCGAUGAAGGCUCACAUGUUCUAGUUAAUUUGCAUCUGUUACUCUAAGAAUAUUCAGAGAUUUGCAAAUUAACCAGACUGUUUUCUAGGGAGAACAACUAAAGUUGUAAAAUCUGUUAACAUCUAAAUUAGAAAAUUAUACUUUUAAUACUGAGCGAAAGACAUUUUGUGACAGUAUGAAUAUGUGGAAUGAAAUGAUUCCUGCCUCACUUUUAAGGGCAUAAAACCAAUUAGGUGUUUCCAAGUAGGUCUGGUAAUGGGUCAAGUCUACACUGAGUCAAAUUGAAAGGAAUAACUGUUGUGUUGGACUUUCUAUGUCAAACAAAGUAUCAUUAAUUUUUGGAACAAAAUGAAAAACUAUACCAUUUUGGACAUUAUGAAUUUAUCCUAGGUUUGUUUGACGUUAUGGAUCAUGCUUCUCAUUUUGAAAGCUAUGUCAUUUAAAACAACACUGCAAAUUCUGUAUUAUAUAAAAGUGUAAUACAUGUGUAUCAAUAGAAAAAAUAAAUGGAAUUUCAAAUAUAUGAGCUAGAUUAUUCCCAGUAGAUUAAUGUUGUGACUAUUCAGAAACAAUAAAUAAAAUUGGAAUAUAAAAUGGA